AUGAUUAGUGAUGAUAGUAUUAUUUAUGGAUGGAUCUGGUCAGAACCCACUGCUACAGAACGUUGACAUUAAAUUUCUUCGUCAUUACAUACUCUGUGUCUUUCCCUGAACACUUCCAUCUGUUGUGUUUGGCCCGUCUCCUUCUCCAUUGGUUUUUUGAUUUCGGGGAUGGUGUUUUUGUGAGAGAAGCUGAAAGAUUACAUCAGUUGUGCCCUUUUAAAUUCAGGAGGAAAUUUGCCAUGAUCACUGGGUAUUUGUGCUAAAAGUGCAGUCUUUUUGCUGGAAGUGGAUUCUGGGACUGGUGAUCAGAGGAGGGUUUUUGGUUUCGGUUUCGAGAAUCUUGUUGGUUGAGAAAUUGGGUUGUGAAACACCUUGAGAUUUAGAGUGGAUUAAUUGGAUCUUCAGUUAAGUGGAAAUGAUUGGAAGGAAAAAUGCAGGGCGUGCGUCGCCAUUAUUGUUGGUGUUAUUGGCGUUUGGUUUCUUCAUUGCAACAUAUAAUUUGUUGAUUUUGGUGAUGCACAAGGGUAAUAGGAGUGAUGCAGGGGAGUUGCAUGAUCCUAUUGUUAGUAGGCCAGAUGAGCUGAGAGGGGGAGGUGGUGCAAAAUUCCAUGUUGCGCUGACAGCUACGGAUGCACCUUAUAGCAAAUGGCAAUGCCGGAUUAUGUACUAUUGGUACAAGAAAAUGAAAGAUGUGCCUGGAUCAGAUAUGGGAGGCUUUACUCGGAUUUUGCAUUCGGGAAACCCUGAUAACUUGAUGGAGGAGAUCCCUUCAAUUGUUGUAGAUCCUCUUCCAGAAGGGCUUGAUCGGGGCUACAUUGUUUUAAAUAGACCUUGGGCAUUUGUGCAGUGGCUGGAGAAAGCCACAAUAGAGGAAGAAUACAUUCUAAUGGCAGAACCUGAUCACAUAUUUGUUAAUCCAUUGCCAAAUUUGGCUCAUGGAGAUCAUCCGGCAGCAUUCCCCUUUUUCUACAUAAAACCAGCUGAGAAUGAGAAAAUUAUGAGAAAAUAUUAUCCCGAAGAGAUGGGUCCAGUGACCAAUGUUGAUCCAAUUGGCAAUUCUCCAGUAAUUAUCAAGAAGUCGAUUUUGGAGAAAAUUGCACCUACAUGGAUGAAUGUGUCCUUGCGGAUGAAGGAUGAUCCAGAGACUGAUAAGGCCUUUGGCUGGGUUCUAGAAAUGUAUGGGUAUGCAGUUGCAUCUGCUUUGCACGGAGUGCGGCAUAUUCUCCGUAAGGAUUUCAUGCUACAGCCCCCAUGGGAUUUGGAAGUUGGCAAUAAGUUCAUCAUUCAUUAUACGUAUGGAUGUGAUUACAACAUGAAGGGAGAACUAACAUAUGGUAAGAUUGGGGAAUGGAGAUUUGACAAGAGAUCUCAUCUUCGUGGUCCCCCCCCAAGAAACCUAUCGCUACCACCUCCCGGCGUUCCUGAAAGUGUGGUGAGGCUUGUCAAAGCAGUGAAUGAAGCGAGCGCAAAUAUUCCUAACUGGGACACACAGUAAAAAUCGGCUUGGGAUUUAUGCGUCUGGUUUGUAUCAUCUUGGGAGCUUGAAGAUCCAAUUGUACAAUACUUCUGAAACUCCUUUUGUCCCGGCCCUUCAUAAUGGUUAGAUGCACAAACACAAAGUAAUGAGAAAAAAGCGCACUAUAGAAGAAGAUAUGAUUUUUGUCGACAGUGCGUACCCUUUUUGACGCCUACAUAUAACAUCAAAACAAUGGAACUAAUAUUCUUUUGUGCAAAUAUAUUCCUGUACUGAUUUUUUAUACUUUGCUCCCUUGAAAUCUCUAUGAAAGUUUGAUUCUUAUGCUCAA